UGGUCUCCCUGGCUUCACCUCCUAUUUUUGUCACUUCGUUUCCUGUCUUUCGCCCGUUUCAUGGACUAAUUAAGCUAAGCCAAACUGUUGGGAUCCGUUUCUUCCUAGAAAACCGCAUCACCUCCAGGUUUACACCUCCAAGAACACAUUCUUUCCCUCGCCAUUGUCCAGUCCCAAGACCUCUAGAUCACUGGAUACAAUUGCACUAUUGCAGUUCCGUAGAUCGAGCCGUGCGUGCAUGUGCAUGUAAGCAAGAACGCUGCAAGCUAGCGCACGUCCACGUCGUCAAGCCUUGCUCCGGCGAUGGGGUGCGCAACCUCCACGGAGGCGCGGCGCGACAUGGUCUGGGUCGGCGCCGACCCUCGCGCGCACCGGAGCUUCUCGAUGCCAUUCGUCGACCGCCAGCGGCUCCGAUCGAGAGCCGUGUCGGUCCUGGGCACCCUCGGCCUCGCCGGCAACGGCCGUCACUCCGGCUCGUACAAGUACACGACCCUGUCCACCGAGGAGAUGAUGAAGAGCGAAAAUGACCCCGCUGCGGACGUGGUGCUCCCGGGUGAGGAUGCGGCGAAGCGGCCCGUGAAACCGCGCACGCCGACGCUGACGCCACCGAACGAGCCCGAGGUGAUCAACGCGUGGGAGCUCAUGGCGGGGCUCGAGGACGAGGCGCCGACGCCGCGCGCCGUGCAACAGAGCUUGUCACUCGACGAGUCGCCGCACGGGUGCAUCGUGGAGGCGCAACCGCCGUGGAUGCAGGUUGAUACGGACAUACCCGUCGCCUUGGACUUCGACCCGGAGAUACUGUCCGGAUUCCGGGAGGCUCUGGAGGACAUGUCGCCAUCGCCGCAGGCUACAGUUGCCUCAUCCGCGGAGGAGAAUCCGGUGCGGCAGGAGAGGAAGGACGUGGAUGCCGGUGACAUGCCAAUGUCGCCGGCCACCAGCGACAUGCCGGAGCUAUCUGGCAUUGUCCGUGCCCGCAUCAAUGCGUUUCAAGAGAAGAUAGAACGGAGGCGUAGCAAGGGAGGCCGUGACGCAAAGGUGUCGCCCCUGUGGCCGCCGGGAGGCGAGCGGAAGGCAGUCGUGUACUUCACCAGCCUCCGCGGCGUGCGCAAGACGUUCGUGGACUGCUGCGCCGUGCGCAGCAUCCUGCGCAGCUACGGCGUGCGCGUGGACGAGCGCGACGUCUCCAUGCACGCCGUCUUCAAGGCCGAGCUCGCUGAGCUCCUCGGCCCCGGAUUUGCCAACGCCACGCUCCCGCGCGUGUUCGUCGACGGGCAGUACCUCGGCGGCGCCGAGGACGUGCACUACCUGCACGAGGCGGGAGAGCUCGGGCGCGCCCUGGAGGGGUGCGAGGCCGCGCCCGUGCGCAAGCUCGGGUACAUGGAGGCGUGCGCCGCCUGCGGCGACGUCCGGUUCGUGCCGUGCGAGACGUGCUACGGCAGCUGCAAGAUCUUUGUCGAGGACGACGUAGGCGACAGAUAUCACGACGUCGGCGAGUUCCGUCGAUGUCCCGAUUGCAAUGAGAAUGGCCUCGUCAGAUGCCUCGUCUGUUGCAGCUGA